AUGGAGUACGGUGUGGAAGAAAAAGCUUGGUCAGUGGUUUGGUACGGAAAGAACGGCUCGGCGAUAAAUGUUCAAAGGGAAUGCCGCAUGAAAUACGGAUGUAAUGCCAAACCUCCAGAUCGCAAGACAAUUCGACGUUCGUGGAAUAAGUUUCUUGAGACUGGCAGCGUUAACAGGAAACAAAAAAAGCAGGAAAGAUGGGUAUGAACGGAGUUGAAAAUUGAAGAAGUUUUGUCAAAAUUCCGAGAAAAUCCGCAUAUGAGUGCACGAAGUUUGGCCAGAACCGAGGGAAUGCCUUCACCAAGGACCAUUCGACGAACUCUGGAGGUUGAUCUUCAUUUUUUGUUCUUAUUCUCAUCGUCGAUUUUCGGAAGGGGAAAUUCCACCGUAUUUUUCUUCCGCACCGUACUCCAUUUCUGGACACACCGGGAAAGACCGAAAAAACAACCGAAAAACGACCGAAAAAAUGAACUCCAAGAAUAAAUCCAAUAACUGUAGAUAUACACUUACUAACAAGGGAAGUACCCGAAGUGCGACGCUCAGAUUUUUAUAAAAAUUGGCAUAGAUGGAGAUUAGAAUUUUCUUAUUCGAUUGCGAACAUCCUAGCUCGCGCUUUGCAGAAUCCGCCGAGAAAGAAGGGCCGGAAUAUCGAAAAAAAUCUUCAAAUGCCGACGAAUUUCCCUGCAAAUUCUCUUGAUCUUGGCAUUCCGUUACAGGAGAAAAAUAUUUUUUCUCGCAAGAAAUUUUUUCUUGAUAAUGUUCAAGACUAUUUUGUUGCUUUUAUGUGGAAUAUUGUGUGUUAUUUUCACUUUUUUAUACUCAGGACAUGAUUCUAGCGCUAUUAAUUGGAUUGUCGCCAUCCGAGGGGUAAAAUGUUUCGUCCUUUGACGAAUUUAUACAGUUUUUCCUCUGCUGAUGGGCAAACCACUCUAAUAGUUGCUUUAAAUUUGUUUAGGAGACAUGCAAACGUUCUACGGUCGCGUAGGAACGUAGUCAUAAGGUAAGUGUUACAAACAUUUUAUUUUUUCACUAUUUUUCAGUUUAUGCCAUUUCAGGAAACAAAGUAAAGGUCCCAAGGUGUUCCGUCAGUGUUCCGAUGGUGUACAUUCGCUCUUGUGGUUGUUCAGAAUUUGCUCACUGAAAAAUAAAGUUUUUGUAACACUUACCUUAAGAUAAUGCUCAUACACGACCGUAGAACGUUUGCAUGUCUCCUAAACAAAUUUAAAGCAACUAUUAGAGUGGUUUGCCCAUCAGCAGAGGAAAAACUGUAUAAAUUCGUCAAAGGACGAAACAUUUUACCCCUCGGAUGGCGACAAUCCAAUUAAUAGCGCUAGAAUCAUGUCCUGAGUAUAAAAAAGUGAAAAUAACACACAAUAUUCCACAUAAAAGCAACAAAAUAGUCUUGAACAUUAUCAAGAAAAAAUUUCUUGCGAGAAAAAAUAUUUUUCUCCUGGAACGAAAUGCCAAGAUCAAGAGAAUUUUCAGGGAAAUUCGUCGGCAUUUGAAGAUUUUUUUCGAUAUUCCGGCCCUUCUUUCUCGGCGGAUUCUGCAAAGCGCGAGCUAGGAUGUUCGCAAUCGAAUAAGAAAAUUCUAAUCUCCAUCUAUGCCAAUUUUUAUAAAAAUCUGAGCGUCGCACUUCGGGUACUUCCCUUGUAAGUAUAACAUAUUUGGUAUCAAACAAAAUGGGGUUGGCUGACGAUGCAGGGAAAAAAAGAAUUUUAAAAUUUGGCCAAAAACUAAAGAAGUUAUAGCCAAUUCAAAUCGGGCCACAAAGAUGCCCCACCCUGUAUUUUCAAUGUUCCGAAUGGUAUAUUUCUGAUAAGACGGCUCGAAAACAGACUAACUUUGAUAUUUUCGGCUAGCUUAAUUGCUCCUCUUUCUAUUGAUAUGAGAAAUGCUCAUUUUUUUGUUGGAGAACCUUUCGAAUUUCGUGAUUUUGUUGUAGAGACUUUUAGGACAACGUAUAAUGUCCGAUCGCAAAAUUUGGCAGGUUUUCCUGCAAAACAAUUAUUUUUUUGAGCUCUAAACUGAUUAUUAUUAACUUGUUCUUAUAUUAGUUCAGUAUUUUCCGCGUCUUCGCUACAAAUCUUGAAAUUUAUAGCCUUUUUUUACCUAAUUUCAGCCGCUCUCCCACAAGCUUCAGAAUGGUUCGAGGACGGAAAAAGGUUUCGGCUGCGUGGCCCCAUUUCGAGCCGAUCUCCCACACCAAAAAGUUCCGCUGUCGGCAUUGCAAUCUGCACGUGGUUGGGCCGGGCUGCUCGAACCUGAAAAAGCACCUGCAAGCCAAACACAAGGAGAUCUUCUUCGCCAUCGACGAGCUGGACAAAAGCGCCGCCGAAUCGGGAAUAAGUUAUGCGGAAAGCUCGAUGGACAUCUCCAUUAG